GAGCAGGUGCAGGAAAUGAAAAAACUAGAGAAACUCACCAUUCGUCUACAUGAUAUGGAAUGUGAGAGAAAUGAGCUACGUGGAAUCCUGGCCAAUUACACAAACAAGGAUUUGAACAACAGGCUAAAUUUUGAACUCGAGAUGCUUGAAAUGGAACACAAGCAGGUGAUGUCAGCUCUCCAGAAAUUGCCCAUGGAGAUUAGUGAUGCCUUGCACAAGUGCAAGGGGCUGAUUGAGGAGACUGAAUACUUUAGUUACCUCCAUGGCCGGUUCCUACGAGAGUGCAAUCCCCUAAAGAAGACUGUACGUGUGUUGAGGAUCCAGAACACACAGCUGUGGAAAGAGCAGAUUGAACUGCAAAAGACCUGUGAGGAGGUGAAGAAGCUCUUGAAGGAGGCCCAUGAGAAGAUCUGUGACCCCUGUGCUGAGCAGCAGCAGGAGCAGGAAAACCUGGAGGAAAGACUGAAGGACCUGCUGAAGCAGAAGGAGCUGGUCACCCAGCAAAGGGACUUGGCAGAAAAGCUGCAACAUCACUUCAGUGUCUCUGAGAUGAGGUGGGAGCCCAGGCCGGGAGGAGCGGUUAGAACGAUGUCAGAAAAUCUGCACCACAAGCUGGAACAUGUCACAGCCCAGGAUGAGAGCCUCCUGCAGACAGAGCUGCUGCAGCAGGAGCAGGAAGUAUCACAGGCUCCUAAUGCCAUCAAAGACAUUGCAAAUUCCUGGAAUCUUGGCAGCCACAUGGACAUAUCUGGGGCCUGCUGA